UUGGCGCAGGCUGCUUCUCUCAUGUUGUUCACGGAGACUGGAGAGUUGCAACAAUUUGGUGAAAUCUUUGCAAAGCAGCGCACGUUGGUUUGCUUCCUUCGACAUUGGUUCUGCCCAAUGUGUCAAGAAUACGCAAUGUCCAUGGCCAAUCUGGAUCCACUCCCCUUGCAGAGAGCCAAUCUCGGGAUGAUAGUCGUGGGUCAGGGUCACCCUCAUGUCCUCGCAGCCUAUAAGAGGGUCAUGGGAGUCCCAGACUGGAUCCAGAUGUACGCUGAUCCUAGCAGGAAGAUCUAUCACGCCUUGGGUAUGACAAAGCGGACCAACGACCCAGGCCCGGCGUGCGCUAAGCCAGAUUACAUUACGAUGAGCAUGAUGAAGGGCUCUAUGCAAGCUGUGAAGAAGGGACUCUUCCAGAUGCCUGUUCGUCUGCCCGGAGACACGAAGCUGUUGGGUGGAGAGUUCAUCUUUGGACCCGGUCUCCAGACAUCCUUCACCCACAGAAUGGUUACAACGCGCGGUCACUUUGAC